AACUAACCUGUCUUUCACCAACAUCGAACCCGCAAGCCAACAUGUCUAAGGUUUCCGUUGCUACUGUCCGUGCUAAUGUUGACAGCAUCCUCAAGGGUGCCGAGGAGAAGAAGCGCAACUUCGUUGAGACUGUUGAGCUGCAAAUUGGUUUGAAGAACUACGAUCCUCAACGUGACAAGCGUUUCUCCGGCACCAUCAAGUUGCCCAACGUCCCCCGUCCCAACUUGUCUAUCUGCAUUCUCGGUGAUGCUCACGAUCUUGAUCGUGCCAAGCACAGUGGUGUUGACGCCAUGUCCGUUGAGGAUUUGAAGAAGUUGAACAAGAACAAGAAGCUUGUUAAAAAGUUGGCCAAGAAGUACGAUGCCUUCAUCGCUUCCGAGGUUCUCAUUAAGCAAAUCCCCCGUCUGCUGGGUCCCGGUUUGUCUAAGGCUGGAAAAUUCCCUUCUCCCGUCUCUCACAACGAUGACUUGUACGGCAAGGUCACUGAGGUGAAGUCCACCAUCAAGUUCCAAUUGAAGAAGGUUCUUUGCCUCGGUGUUGCCGUUGGUCACGUUGAGAUGACUGAGGAUCAACUCAUUGCCAACAUUAUGCUUGCCAUCAACUUCUUGAUCUCUCUUCUCAAGAAGGGAUGGCAAAACAUUGGCUCCUUGGUUCUUAAGUCUACCAUGGGUAAGCCUUUCCGUCUCUACUAAAUGUAAUUCUCUCGUUUGUUUUGUCUGUAAUAGUAAUUUCUGGGGUUUUAAUCUG